AUGGUAUAUCGUUACUGGAGUGCUCUUUGAUCCAUCAAAGAUUAAUGGAUUAGUCAUCACAAAUAGAGAAAUUGCGUUUAUUUGCGGAACUGUACAAUCUGAUUUAACAUUCAUACAAUCUGAUCAAGAAAAGUAAUACGAAUUUCUGGACAUUUUCCACUAGUAUUUAUCGGAAUACGCAUGGAGACAGGUGAAAACGAGAAGUUGUUCAUUGUCCCAAAUGGCAGGACAAAUUGCCAGGAAUCAGGUGAAACGGAUGAAGGAGAAUUAAAGAAGGGACUGCUGAUACUGGUUGGAGCAAGGCAAAUAUCCUUUGGAGAGGACUGAAUUUUUCAAUGGGAUGCUUUUUUGCGAUGGCUGCCUAUGUUCAGCUCAAUGACCCAGAUGUCUUGCUAUGGAUGUUUAUCUAUGCAAUUCCAGGCUGUUUGUGUAUAUCAAUUGCAUUCUCCCCAGAAGUUCAAGAACAUCACAUAUGGCAGACAUUAGCAACAGCAGACAUUGUUGGAAGUCUCGCUGGAGCGAUAUAUCUUGCUGCAGUAAUAAGGCCUCAGAUGCAAAAAGGCGCCCUCCACAAUCCUUUAGUUUUGGAAGAAGGAAGGGAGAUGUCAGGAUUGAUAAUAAUCAUUUUUUGGAUCAGUUUGUGCAAAUUUGUAAGCUGGUACUGUCAACGAAAAGGUGAUGUUCCAGUCUCCUUCUGGAUCUCAAUUUUGGUCUUGUGCUUUGUACCAUUUUCGUUGUGGGCUUACUGCUACAGAAAUCUUGAUCCAAAAAUCCUGCCAGGACAUUGUAAAGAUAUGCUCUGAACUAAUGUACCUAUGCAGAAGGGCAUCAAAAGCCAGACACAGCAAGACACACACAGUUCUUAUCACUAUGCAAUGCCGCAUAGCCUAGAAUAUCUUGUAGAGCAUUUUAUUUAUAGUAUGCAUCAGCAGUUGUAAGUGCCAUAAUCUCCUAGUUAAAAUGCACAAUUGAAGGGAGAGAAAAUUAUAGAAAUUUUAUUCAAAUAACAAUAUAAUAUAGUAAGCAGUUUGAUUAACAGUAGAUAUAUUUUCAAAGAAGGCAAUAAACCACAAAUAUUGUUAUUUAGAAACUGCUUUGUGAGUAGCAAAAAUAUGUUAUGUGACUGUUUUUAAACAAGGCAAUAAAACCACAAAUAAUUUUA